UAGCGUGGGAAUUUAUGAUUGUCACUUCCGCAUAAUAUUGUACGCUAGUUCGUGUAGACUGCCCAGAGUCCGCGGACAAAUUACUCUAAAAUUUACAUUUUACAAAUCAUUAAUACCAUUCCAUUUGUUUCUGGUUACCUGAAGGUUCAGUAGAACAAAAUGGAAAAAUUCAGUUUUGGGGUUGAACCUGUUACUUGCCAUGCUUGGAAUGGAAACCGUUCACAGAUUGCCAUUUCUCCAAAUAACCAUGAAGUGCAUAUCUACAGCAAGAAGGGGAGUGGAUGGGAGAAAACUUUCACCAUGAAGGAGCACACCCAGCGUGUAACUAGUAUCGACUGGGCUGCUGAAAGCAACCGUAUUGUCACUUGUGGCACCGAUCGUAACGCCUACGUGUGGGUGCUGAACGACAAGGGAGAAUGGCGGCCAACGCUUGUUAUUUUGCGUAUCAAUCGUGCUGCAACUUGUGUCAAGUGGUCCCCUAGAGAGGAUAAGUUUGCUGUUGGUAGUGGUGCUCGCCUGAUAUCAAUCUGCUACUUUGAAAGUGAAAAUGAUUGGUGGGUGAGUAAGCACAUCAAGAAGCCGAUUCGCUCAACCGUGACCUGCCUUGACUGGCAUCCAAACAAUGUACUGCUGGCUUGUGGCUCAACUGACUUCAAAGUUAGAGUGUUCUCUGCCUAUGUGAAAGAGAUUGAGGCCCAGAAGCCAGAGAGCACCCCAUGGGGCAAGAAGAUGUCAUUUGGUGUCCUGAUGAGUGAGGUGACAACCUCCGGAGGAUGGGUGCAUGACGUCAGCUUCAGCAGCGAUGGUAACCGUCUGGCGUGGGUGUGUCACAACAGCACCAUCAACGUUGUUAACGCAGCAGCUGAUUCGCUCGUGACUACGACCAGGACUCCGUACCUGCCCUUCUUAUGUUGCACCUGGAUCUCUCCCAAUGCUUUGAUUGUUGCUGGACAUGAUUGCGAGUUGAUGAGAUAUUCCGUAGAUGCCAAUGGUGCCAUAACCUUUGUGAAGAAGAUCUCCGUUGCAUCAAAGAAGGCAGCUGGCAAAGUCAGUGCUAUGGCAAUGUUCCAGAAAAUGGACAAGCAUGCAACAACUAACGAAGAGAAGGGCAAGAGCUCCACCCAUCAAAACUCUAUCACUCAACUCUCCAUUCACACUGGAAAGAAGGAUUCUGUGAGUAAGCUGAGUAGCACUGGUGUGGACGGACAACUCGUCAUCUGGAACAUCAGCUAAAAAACAUGCUGUCACCAUAGCAAUAACCCCAGUUGUCUUAAAUGAACUGAGAUGCAUUAAAAUCUUUAAUUAAAGGAAGAAAAAUAUAUUUUAUGAUACAUGCUAUUCCAUUAUUAUGAAUUAUUACCAUAUCAUUCAAAGUACUAACAGACAUUUCAAGAACUAUAAUCACAGUGUGUAAUCUCUGUGGCAAUAUAUCAAAUAUAAUCACAUUUUACAAUACCGCCCUCUUGGUUUAAUAUUAAAGGUAGAAAUUAAAAACAAACAGUGCCCUCUGGGUUCCACAGUAACUGAACCAAACAAAUAAAGAAUAAACAAAGUGCAUUAAGUUGUAACAAAUUGUAUUGAAAGCAAGAAAAUAAAAUAUACAUUUUCGUACGAA